CCGCGGCUCUGACAUCCACAUGCUGCUCGGCCUGAAAAGGCAGGGGGGAGCCGGAGGGGAGGCAGAGAAGGCGAGCGAGGCAGCAGCCCGCAGCCCGCCCCCAGCACAUCUACAGACGCGCAGACACUCGGCGAGGCGCUGGGCGAGGUGGAGGUGAGGGCGGGCGCGAGCGAACUCGGAGAGGGGCUCGCUCACUCCCAGGCGAUCCCCGCCGCCGCCGCCGCACCAGCAGCAGCACCAGCAGCGCUACCAGCCGCAGCCGCAGCAGCAGCAGCUUCCUUCCUCACACUCCCCUCGAGAGGCUGGCCAAGCGGGUGUAGCCGUUGGGGGAGGCUCCCGCUCGGGGAACCCGGCGAGCACAAGAGCGGGGCGGCCGCCUCCCACACGGUCGGUCCGGCCGUGGUGCCUCCACCCGCGUGUCGGUCCCGGGUGCCCGGGGAUGUGUGUCAGUUUACGCCUCUGAGAUCACACAGCUGCCUGGGGCCGUGUGAUGCCCAAGGCAAGUCUUGGCUUUGAUUUUUAUUAUCAUUAUUAUUAUUUUACGCUUGGCUUUCGGGAAAUACUCGCGAUGUUGUAGGAUAAAGGAAAUGACACUUUGAGGAACUGAAGAGAACGUAGAUGCGUUUUGUUUUUGAGAGGAAACGGGUCCCCUCUUCCCGGCUAGCUCCCUCUGUGCCGAUUUCAGAAGCUACCCUCCUCCUGGUGAGGUGGGGAUUCCAGCAAGAAUAAAGGUGAAGACGGGCCGCCAAGACCCAGGAGGGAAACGCUGACCAUUAGGAACCUUUGCAGAAGACACUGCAAGGAAGAAAAUAAAAGAAAAACACAAAGACUUAUAAUUAAACAAGAAUCUUACCAACCCAGCCCUGGAGAAAACCUCCCUCUCCAAAAUGGAUUUGUUUCCUCUCACCUGGGUUUUCUUAGCUCUCUACUUUUCAGGACACGAAGUGAGAGGCCAACCAGACCCACCCUGUGGAGGUCGUCUGAAUUCCAAAGAUGCUGGCUACAUCACCUCUCCGGGAUACCCCCAGGAUUAUCCCUCCCACCAGAACUGCGAGUGGAUUGUUUAUGCCCCAGAGCCCAACCAGAAGAUUGUCCUCAACUUCAACCCUCACUUUGAAAUCGAGAAGCAUGAUUGCAAGUAUGACUUCAUUGAGAUUCGGGAUGGGGACAGUGAGUCUGCAGACCUGCUGGGCAAGCACUGUGGGAACAUCGCCCCACCCACCAUCAUCUCCUCGGGCUCCAUGCUCUACAUCAAGUUCACCUCCGACUACGCCCGGCAGGGGGCAGGCUUCUCGCUGCGCUACGAGAUCUUCAAGACAGGCUCUGAAGACUGUUCAAAAAACUUCACCAGCCCUAAUGGGACCAUCGAAUCUCCUGGCUUUCCUGAGAAGUACCCCCACAACUUGGACUGCACCUUUACCAUCCUGGCCAAACCCAAGAUGGAGAUCAUCCUGCAGUUCCUGACCUUUGACCUGGAGCAUGACCCUUUGCAGGUGGGAGAAGGAGACUGCAAGUAUGACUGGCUGGACAUCUGGGACGGCAUUCCCCAUGUCGGCCCCCUGAUUGGCAAGUACUGUGGGACCAAAACACCCUCCGAACUCCGCUCGUCGACGGGGAUCCUCUCCCUGACCUUUCACACGGACAUGGCAGUGGCCAAGGAUGGUUUCUCCGCACGCUACUACCUGGUUCACCAGGAGCCACCAGAGAACUUUCAGUGCAAUGUCCCUCUGGGAAUGGAGUCUGGCCGGAUUGCUAAUGAACAGAUCAGUGCCUCAUCCACCUACUCCGAUGGGAGGUGGACCCCUCAACAGAGCCGGCUCCAUGGUGAUGACAAUGGCUGGACCCCCAACUUGGAUUCCAACAAGGAGUAUCUCCAGGUGGACCUACGCUUUCUAACUGUGCUCACAGCCAUUGCAACACAGGGAGCAAUUUCCAGAGAAACCCAGAAUGGCUACUACGUCAAGUCCUACAAGCUAGAGGUCAGCACUAAUGGUGAAGACUGGAUGGUAUACCGGCAUGGCAAAAACCACAAGGUGUUCCAAGCCAACAAUGAUGCAACCGAGGUGGUUUUGAACAAGCUCCACAUGCCUCUGCUAACGAGGUUCGUCAGGAUCCGUCCACAGACCUGGCACUCGGGCAUCGCGCUCAGACUGGAGCUCUUUGGCUGCCGGGUCACAGACGCCCCCUGCUCCAACAUGCUGGGGAUGCUCUCAGGCCUCAUCGCAGACUCCCAGAUCUCGGCCUCCUCCACCCGGGAGUACCUCUGGAGCCCCAGCGCUGCCCGCCUGGUCAGCAGCCGCUCGGGCUGGUUCCCUCGAAUCCCUCAGGCGCAGCCAGGUGAGGAGUGGCUUCAGGUGGACCUGGGAGCACCCAAGACAGUGAAAGGCAUCAUCAUCCAGGGAGCCCGUGGAGGAGACAGCAUCACCGCGGUGGAAGCCAGGGCAUUUGUGCGCAAGUUCAAAGUCUCCUACAGCCUAAACGGCAAGGACUGGGAAUACGUCCAGGACCCCAGAACUCAGCAGCCAAAGCUGUUUGAAGGGAACAUGCACUAUGACACCCCUGACAUCCGAAGGUUUGACCCCGUUCCGGCGCAGUAUGUGAGGGUGUACCCAGAGAGGUGGUCUCCGGCAGGCAUUGGGAUGCGGCUGGAGGUGCUGGGUUGUGACUGGACAGAUUCAAAGCCAACAGUAGAGACUCUGGGACCCACUGUGAAGAGUGAAGAGACCACCACCCCUUAUCCCAUUGAUGAGGAGGCCACAGAGUGUGGGGAGAAUUGCAGCUUUGAGGAUGACAAAGAUUUGCAGCUCCCUUCAGGAUUCAAUUGCAACUUCGAUUUCCCCGAAGAGCCCUGUGGUUGGAUGUACGACCAUGCCAAGUGGCUCAGGAGCACCUGGACCAGCAGCUCUAGCCCCAGCGACCGGACAUUUCCAGAUGACAGGAAUUUCUUGCGGCUGCAGAGUGACGGCCGGCGAGAGGGCCAGUACGGGCGGCUCAUCAGCCCGCCCGUCCACCUGCCCCGGAGCCCGGUGUGUAUGGAGUUCCAGUACCAAGCCACGGGCGGCCGCGGGGUGGCGCUGCAGGUGGUACGCGAAGCCAGCCAGGAGAGCAAGCUCCUCUGGGUCAUCCGCGAGGACCAGGGCGGCGAGUGGAAGCACGGUCGCAUCAUCUUGCCCAGCUACGACAUGGAGUUUCAGAUUGUGUUCGAGGGAGUAAUAGGGAAAGGACGUGCAGGAGAGAUCGCCAUUGAUGACAUCCGGAUAAGCACUGAUGUCCCACUGGAGAGUUGCAUGGAACCCAUCUCGGCUUUUGCAGGUGAGAAUUUUAAAGUGGACAUCCCAGAAAUACACGGGAGAGAGGGCUAUGAAGACGAAAUUGAUGAUGAGUACGAGGUGGACUGGAGCAACUCCUCCUCCCCAACCUCAGGGGCUGGGGCCUCCUCGGCUGACAAAGAAAAGAGCUGGCUCUACACCCUGGAUCCCAUUCUCAUCACCAUCAUCGCCAUGAGCUCUCUGGGCGUGCUCCUGGGGGCCACCUGCGCCGGGCUCCUGCUCUACUGCACCUGUUCCUACUCAGGCCUGAGCUCCCGCAGCUGCACGACGCUCGAGAACUACAACUUCGAGCUCUACGAUGGCCUCAAGCACAAGGUCAAGAUGAACCACCAGAGGUGCUGCUCGGAGGCGUGACAGAUUGCACCGGAAUCCCAUCCGAUGCUUCCUUCCGGUGAGAGGGGCUGGUGAAGAUGACAUUUUUUUUUCCUUUGGAAACUGAAUGCCAUAAUCUUGAUCAAACCGAUCCAGAAUACCGAAGGUAUGGACAGGACAGACGGGCGAGUCACGGGAAGGAGAGAGAUGCAGCCGCGAAGGGGAUCAUUACCCACCUAGCCCGCCGGGCGAGUCAUUGCAGGAGUGGGCCGUGUUCUCUGCCGGGACAAAGGCAGGAACUCAUCUCUUUGGGGUCACAGUUCUCUUUCGUUUGUGAGUUUGUUAUGAUGAUGAUUAUUAUUAUAUUUGAUUUCUUUGGUCUGUGAGCAACUCAAAGAGGCAGAAUGACUUCUCCAACAGAAACGUGGAGCGUGACCGUCAUUCCCCACUUUGGCUUCUAAUCAGCACUUGAAAAGCAAAGGGUCUUUCCAGCCUUCCCAUCUUGAGAAUAAAACUCAAACAAAAUAAAAAGCGCCGUCCAGCUUAUCCCAUCCUCUCUGGUCUUACGACCUAAGGGAUUUGCUGUGGUGUAGGUUCGCCAGCCAACCCUACAAGCUGCCGUUUCCAGUCCUAGCAUUUAGUAGGAUGUUGUUGCCUUUAACUUUUUUUAUCCAGGGGAAAAUUGCCAUUUUAGGGUCAGCUUGAACAGCUCUUUCUUAUCUACGAAUUAAAACAAACCAGAAAGGAAACUUCACACGUCAAAAUCCACAGACGCACCUCCACAUGCAAAGCGGACGAGCCUUAAAGUGCUUUGUGAAUAGGAGCCAUUGGAUAAAUCGAGACCCAGAGUUGGUGGCUGGGAGGCUUCCCUGGUGGGGCCUCAGCUGGUGGUUUUGCCUUUUCUUUUCCCUCCUCCUUGUUCUUCUAACUCAUAUACAUGUUCUCGUAUGUGUGCAUCACACACGUGUACACACACAUGCACACAGAGUUUUGAGAUCUCUCAGUGCCAAGAAUAGCUCUCAGAGGCCAGGUAAGAAAAGACAAGCUCUUGGCAUGUGUUCUCCAUGGGUGAGAGAUAACUGCCGAGUGCUAGCUAGAAAGCAGGAGAGAUGCCAGCCUCCAUGGUCAUGUGAUGGCAAAACUGAGCAGUGACGAUGGAGGCACUUUGAUGGCUCAGUCUCUUUGAUAGGCUGGUAAACACUGAUUUCUCUUUUGGGUCACACUUCAGCCUUCUAGGAUUCAGAGCGUGGAUGUGCAUGAGCAGUCCGCAAGCACGUGGACUAACAGCUAACCACACUGCCCCGGAGAGUCUUAUUUAUACACGUGUGUACACGUGCACACACACACACACACACACACAACCAAUUUAUGUAUUUUUUAUUAAGUGCCUUGAAAAAAAUUCUAGAAAAAAGCAUUUUCCCUCUAUGUAGAAUCAUGCAUAUCUUUCAAGUUAAGGCAUUCCUCCCUCCCUAAACCCAACGGCUCCAUUCCCAGUUCCCCCAACUCACCACUGAUCCUGCUAAUGGAAUGAGCCCUGCUAUCGGAGGAGAAGUCAUAUCCCUAGACAACUUCAACUACUCUAGAAAGGGAGGUGUCAGGAAUAGAGUGAAACUGUGUGAAGGAUAGGAUUGUCCACAUCGAGAUCCAAAUCUUGGUUUUGUAUUAAUGCCUAAGAAUUGCCUGAGUGCUGGAAAUGUGUUUAGAACCCAAUCAGCAUUCCCAGCCUAUCACCUAUCAAUGGUAAACUGAAUUCACAGACCAUCUUUGCUGCUAUGGUCACUCACGAUUUUGUCUGUCUCAUACCCAGGUGAAAGAGGAAGGGUGGAUGGGACUGGAUGUUUCCUUUACAUGUUAACUCGUGAAAAUGCUAGUUCGGAUCGUAAUGUCACAGUGUCUCGUACGCAGAGAGGGAGAGUUCAUACGGACCGCUAUUUAUUCGAGUGUGUGUGUCUUUGCGCGCCUUUGAGUUCUCUGUAUCUACUGUGUAUGUGAAUGGUCAUGUGGGACACAGUGGUGGUGUUGUGACUUUGACCUAGGGUCCCCCAGUGUAACUGCUGAUCUCGGCACUCGUUGGCACAGUGAUAGUUAGAGGUGAAAAGCUGUCAAGCCCCAAGGGCUUAGUGUUAAGUGCCCCCUGAGUCAGGCAUGCAGUAGAAACAAGUUUUUCAUUGGUUCACCCUCCUCUUCACCCUCUCAUGCAGCUCAGUGUUCAGAAAGCUGGGGAGUCCUAGUGAUUUCCAGAAGCAGCCCACAGAAGAAGAAAAGUUCAAAGCCCUCACUGGGAGUCCUGGCCCUCUCCAGCCCAGUGGGCCAUUUUAUUAUAAUUUCCCAAAGACCAGCCCUGUCUCAGGACUGUGAUUCACCUGUAAGUUGUGUACAAUUCAACGUGCAUCUCUCUGAAAGUCCCACAUCCAUAUUCACCACUGGUUGAUUUGAGGCUCUAACUGGGCCCUGUGUGCUGAAGAGAAGAAGGUCCCCAGGGCUACAUGUAGAUACCUCACCAAGGCUGGAGGCUGGUCUGUCAUAAGACACAAAGGAAGACAGCUGGGUGUGAUUCUAACUUGGCCAUGGGACACCUUGGUGCAUUUGUUUUCUUUAUCUGCAGGUAGGCUAGCUGACCCAUUUCCUUGAACUGUUCCCUUUGGGAAGCCCAGCUCACAGUAUUGAUGUCCUUUCUGCCUUGUACUGAAUGACAUAUUACCUCCACGCUCUCCUGGACUAGGCGGUCAACAGGGCCACAGGGUUGCUUUCUCUCUUGGGUGGGUUUGGGGAGUUGACAGGAAUGAGGGUCCACGGAAUGAGCAUGAAUGACAAGAAAACAAGGGGAAAAGUUAAACUGUCAUACAGAAGGUUGACUUUUCCUGGAUUGCAGUUAAAGGUAUUCGACCAUUUGCUGGCUGAGCCAGAUCACGGGAACUUGAGAGCUUUUACUGUGAUUCUUCAAUGUAAAAAAUAAACAACAAUGUCAAACUGUGUUUAUAUGAUUUGUAUAAAGCCUUUUUAAGAUUACUAUUUAAAUAAACAUUAUAC